GUUCCUUUAAAUUUCUUUCUUCUUCCUGCACGUCUCGAGUAUAUUUCGCCCUUCCCUUCCUUUAACUAGUGACUCCGAGUCCGACUACAACUACGACUACGAGAGAUACCCUGAGACGAUGUCAACCCCCAAGUACACCCAACUCCAGCCUCAGGCAGUCGAAAAACCGCAUCUCCACCCUUCGCCGACCUCGAAGAAUGCCAAACCCAGUUCGUCCUGUAACGCCCACUAUGGGUGUUCGCACCACCCUCGAGGUCACGGCCUCCUCUCCCACAAGUUCACUCCACGACUCCGAAUCGCAUUGGCUAUCGCUGCCUCGAUUCUAGGUCUCACCCUCGCUGGAGUCGUAGCUUACCUCGGCGGUGGGACGAGGGAUGUGUUCUUUUCGGGUGGGAUGGUGCAUGGGUUUGGGGGUGGGGUUGGUCACGGUGUGAAGAGGGAGUUGGCGAAGGGUUCGGAUGGUGGUGGCCCGGGGGGCGAUGGGUUGGGUCUGGGAGGUGGUGUGGCGGAUUGGGGUAUCGCGUUGGCGCAGGAGGUUGGGUCCACCUCUACGGGUAGUGGUGGGGAUAGUCCGUUUACGUCUCAGAAACUAUACCUAAUCGUCAUCUUCGUCGGAUUAUUCGUCGUCCUCGUUUUGGGUAUUAUGCUCAGUGUGUGGUGUUGCAAGGGAGCCUUCAAGAACCCCCUAUGCUGCCCGUGCUACCUGUGCGCGUGCUGUGGUGGUCUAGCGUGCUUGCAGUGUAUCGGGUGCGGGCUUUGUUUGGAGGGGUUGGAUGAGAUGGGGGAUAUGGCGUAAGGCAAGGUGAUAUGGUGUGGGGAGGUGGCGGAAGGCGAGAUGACGGGGUUAAGGGGAUAUGGCGUGAAGCGAGGAGGGAUUUAAGAUGUGGUGUGGUAUGGUAUGGAUGGAAUAUACCCUUCUUGCUUUCGUUCCGACAGACAAUUUAAAUAAGCGUUCUAUUUCGGACACUUCAGAGUUAAUCGUAUCCGGACUUGUAAAACAUUCCUUUUCGGACAUUUUUGUUAUGAUUACGCGCGUGGUUACUACUAUUAGCGCUCGAGGCGCUCGCGUUGUUUACAGUCGAUAAAGCCUUCUGAUACAGUCUAGCUUGACUUACAA